AUGGCCUCAAACAACGCAGAAGCCGUUAUCAUCGUCGGGGGUGGACUAGCAGGACUCGUGGCAGCCUGGGAGCUCUCCAAAGCCAAGGUCCCGUCUAUCAUUCUCGACCAGGAGAGUGAGGCCAAUCUCGGCGGACAGGCCUUUUGGUCUCUGGGCGGAAUUUACUGCGUGAACUCGACCAACCAACGUCGGUUGGGUGUUCACGACAGCCGCGAGCUGGCCAAGCAGGAUUGGCUCCACGCGGCGCAGUUCGACCGCGAUACCGAUGUCUGGCCUCGGAAGUGGGCCGACGCUUUUGUGGACUUUGCGACCGACCAGAUGGAGAGCUAUCUCCGUGCCCUGGGAGUCAAAUUCAUCACGGUCGGCUGGGCAGAACGUGGCAGUGGAAUCGCCAGCGGUCAUGGCAACUCGGUGCCCCGGUUCCAUGUCACCUGGGGAGCGGGCCCUGCCAUUGUGAGCGCGUUCGAGAAACCAGUGCGUGCCGCCGCAGACUCGGGCCUGGUCCAGUUCAAGUUUCGGCACCGGGUGGAUCAGCUGCUCGUGGAUGAGCAGUCCGGAGCUGCGAUCGGAGUGCGUGGGAAGGUCCUUGUACCGUCUCAUUCCGCUCGUGGGGUGGCCAGCUCGCGAUACACCGUGGGAGAUUUCAAGCUGCACGGUCGGUGUGUGCUUAUCACAACGGGUGGCAUUGGCGGCAACCCGGAGUUGGUGAAGAAGCACUGGCCGGUCGAUCGACUUGGGCCUGUGCCAUCGUCCUUCGUCGUUGGCGUGCCUGCACAUGUGGACGGUCGCAUGAUUGGCAUUGCGAGAGACGCCGGGGCCAAUGUGAUCAACAGCGAUCGUAUGUGGCACUACACCGAGGGCUUGCACAACUGGGAUCCUAUUUGGCCGCAUCAUGGAAUUCGCGUGAUCCCGGGGCCAUCCUCACUCUGGCUGGAUGCCACUGGCAAACGACUGCCCCCGUUCCUGUAUCCAGGAUGCGAUACGCUGGCCACGCUGAAGUAUAUCGGCCACACUGGGUACGACUACACAUGGUUUUUGCUAAACAGGAGCAUCAUCUCGCGGGAGUUUGCUCUCUCAGGCUCCGAACAAAACCCAGAUCUCACCAACAAGAGCUACCGACUGCUGCUUCAGCGGCUAUUUGGGUCGUCGGGCACAGGACCGGUUCAGGCGUUCAUGAAGAACGGAAAGGAUUUUGUGGUCGCAUCUUCUCUCCCCGAACUGGUCGACGGGAUGAACAAACUUGUCCACAAGCGAGGCGGCCCCAUGCUGGAUGCGAAGCAGGUGCAAGGAGAGGUUGAGCUACGUGAUGGCCAGGCCGAUAAUAAGUACAGCAAAGACGCCCAAAUAAUGGCGAUCCGAAACGCACGAAAUUUUUGGCCGGAUGGGAUGAUGGGAAGAGUGCGAGCCGUGCACAGGCUUCUCGAUCCUCAGCAUGGGCCCCUGAUUGCAGUGCGCAUGAACAUUCUCACCCGCAAAACACUGGGAGGCAUUGAGACCAACCUGCAUUGCAACGUUCUACGCGCGGACGGGUCUUGCUUCCCCGGUCUGUAUGCAGCCGGAGAGGCCGCAGGAUUCGGAGGUGGGGGGGUCCAUGGAUACAACGCUCUUGAGGGCACUUUUCUGGGGGGAUGUAUCUUCUCUGGGAGAACUGCGGGCAUGCAAAUAGCUCAAGAAGCGGGGGCGCAGCGGUCGACUUUGUGUUGA